ACUUCAUCAAACAUGAGCGCUCCUUCCGCCUUCACUAGUGCUCAGUUGCCUACAUUGUCCAGCCUUAUGCCCAAGGCUGCCAAGCUUUCCGGCGAAGUUUCCGCAUCCCCCGCAAAUGGAAAGACCGUCCCUCAAGAAUCCUCUCAACCUGAGUGCCGUACCACCCAUGAAUACAAGAUUCCUGAUGAGAACACGAAGAACUACUCUGUUCUAUUGAACAAGAAGGACGACCUUCAAAUGGUCGAAAUCCCUGUUCCUAAGCCUGCCAAGGGCGAAGUGCAAGUCCAGGUCAAGGCUACCGGAAUUUGCGGUUCGGAUGUUCACACCUGGAAGUAUGGAGCUAUUGGUAUCUUUGAGGUCACUGAUCCUAUUAUCCUUGGCCAUGAGAGUAUGGGUAUUGUCACCGAAGUCGGAGAGGGCGUCAGUACUCUCAAGGUUGGCGACCGUGUUGCCAUUGAGGCAGGAAUUCCAUGCUCUGAGUGUGAGCAGUGUAUGUCCGGUCAUUACAACCUCUGCCCUGACGUUGUUUUCAAGUCCACUCCCCCUCAUCACGGUGUAUUGGCCAACUACAUUACCCACCCUGCUAGAUGGUUGUACAAGCUUCCCGAUAGCGUGUCAGAUGAAGAGGGUGCUUUGUUGGAACCUCUUUCUGUCGCUAUUGCCGCCUGUGAACGUGUUGGUGUUCGGUUUGGAAAGUCUUUGCUCAUCUGUGGCAGUGGACCUAUUGGAUUGAUCGUGUUGGCUGUUGCAAAGGCCAUUGGUGUUGGCCCCAUUAUCAUCACCGAUAUGCAAGAGUCUCGUCUCGAGUAUGCUCGCCAAAUGGGUGCAGACUACGUCUACAAGGUUGACCCCACCAAGAAGGAUGUAGAGGCAGCAAAGGAAAUCCGUUCUAUGCUAGGAUCUGCUCCUGACUACAGUUUAGAAUGUACCGGUGUAGAGAGCUCUUUCCGCUCAGCUAUCAUGGCCACCCGUGAUGGAGGAUGUUGCUGUAUGGUGGGUGUUGGCAAGAAUGACCAACUUUUGCCAGUCAACAGCUUUGCCAUGCGAGAAGUUGACAUCAAAGGUCUUUUCCGUUACCAUCACACAUAUCCUACUGCUGUCUCACUGGUUGCUAGCGGUAAAAUUGAUAUCAAGCAUUUGGUCACCCAUCGUUUUGAUUUUAAGGAAGCCCUUGAGGCUUUCGAGAUUGCUUCAGACUACCGAACAGGCGCCAUUAAGGUGCAGAUUUUCAAUUAAUCAGGUCGUGCGAACAUUCAAUCUGUUUUGAUAUUCCCUUGUAAAAAAAGCCAUAUUGGCGCUAGCCCCAUUUUACUUCUUUUCCCUAAAGUCAUUUGUAUCUAAUGCUCUGUUAUUUCUCUAUUCUCACUCAAAACAAGUAAAAAAUCCUCCAUAUAUCUAUGUUUCCAAAUCGCA